AUGAUUCUCUUUCGAUAUUCGUUCGAUCUUGCUCUGUGCCGGUUGCUGUUAGGGCCAACCCAGUGUUUCGAUGCCUUCGUCGUCGCCUUGAGCCAAGCAUGUGAAGGAGGAAAUAAGCGCUCGUAUACGUCAACACUGGAGCUGCCGCUGGCCUCGUUGGAUAUCUGCAGGGCGGGCCGAAGUACCUCGACCUUGCACGUCCGUGUACAGUAUCAGACUCCUAGAAGCUUUUGGUCUCCCCCUAAAGUGCAAUUGCGGCCGGACGAAGGCAGCUCGAAGAUUCGCUUGUCGAGCCGUGUGCCGGUCGUGUGA